UUGUGCAUGUGCAUGGUUUCUUUUCCACUUCUUGUUACUAUUUAUGUAUAUAGUAUUAUGUUUUCCAAACGAUAUUCUCACAAUCCUCUAAACUGUUUUAAGAGUUUGCUCAGUGAUGUUUUAUCUGCGCUGUCAUUAUUCUUCCGAAAAUGUUUUUCGAAAACAUCAGAUGUUUUGUCAAGGAAGAAAUGGAAGGUGUGCUGCUCGCCCAAAAGCUUCCUCUGGACAAUCAUCAAGGGCUUCAUCUUUGUCUGCUGCCUGUCCUGCUUGUGUUAUCAGACGGCUCAAUUUUACAGAAUCUACAUCACAUACCCAACGACUAUUAAUACAGAAGUUAUAAGAAAUGAACCUUUUAUACUACCUGCAGUGACAUUUUGUUACAAGAAUACACUUCCUAGAACUGUAUUUUGCGCCGACUUCCCACAUUUAUGCCAGAAACCAAAAAACGUGUUCAAGUUCUGUCACAAGCAACCGCAUUUCUGCAAAGGAAAUGUCUCUAGUUUGGUGAUUCCGAAACUUGGAUAUUACGCAAACUAUUCGAGCGAAGUUCAUAAAAUUGCUGAAGAAUAUUUGUUUAAUAACACUAGUGAAGUUCCUCCAUAUUUGGAAGGGCACAGAAUGAGAAUUUCAUAUGUUGAAAGUGAACAGGAGGAUGUUUUCGCAAAAUGCUUCUCAGAACGUCUGCAGUUAUUUCACGGGGAAGUUGCAUUAAAAACUGCAAAAAUUGAUUUAUCCUUGUUUUCGGACAACGUGAUCGGCAUGUAUAAGCUAUACAUUUCUGAGAGUGAAUCCCUCUAUCCCUGGGACAGAAAUCGAGUGUUCUUCGCCGUUCACUCACCCUUUAUGCCGAUAAACCCGCUUUACGAAGGAAUUGCCAUCAGGCCUGGAUAUCAAUACUUCGUAGAAGUCAGAUUGCACAAGGAUUACCUUCUUCCAUACCCUUACAAAACCGAUUGUGUGAAUUACAACAUUACUUGGAUGAAGAACAACAGAAGUGGUCCCAGAUCUCAAGACGCCUGCAAAGAAUUAUGCCGAUCCGUUUUCUUGAAAGAUUGCUUUGGUUGUGAUCCCGGUCGAAUAAUGAUCGAAGAUCCUGCAGAUUUAUGUACACCAGGGACGAAGCUACGUCGGCCAUACUAUUUUUGGCGGUAUUUUGCAACCUGGCAAGGAAGGAUUGAUAUUAAAGGUAUUCCACAGUAUUUAAAUGUUUGCUUACCUUACGUGGAAGCUCACCAAAGAUGUCAUGAUGGCUGUAAACCGGACUGCGUGAAACUUCAUUUUGAUUACAAUGUAGUCGAAUCUGCUGAAGAUCCUUCACCCAUGAAACCAUUUGAGGCAAAUGAAAAUGAAGCUGAAAUUCAAAUUUAUGUAAAAAAUCCUGACAUCGUAGUAUUGUCAUACAAGCCUUUGUAUACCAAUGGAGAUCUCUACAGUUACGUUGGCGGGCUCAUGGGUUUGUGGCUCGGCAUCUCAGUCUGGACGUUUGCUGGCAUCGUAGAAAUGUCGUUACGAAGAUCUUUUGCACUGAGGAAAAAAUUUAGUUGCCACCGGGAAUACGUCAUCAAGUGCUGAAAGCAUGGGUCCCCUCUUUGCUUCCCCAUCAUCAACUGAUGUUGAAUCUGUUCUAAUGCUCAAACUAUAUAUUUCAUUUCUGCAUUAAAAAAUUAGUUGUUAUGAGUUGUAUAAUAAACAUAU